AUGCUUUCUAGACAUGGUAGUACUGUGGUGCGAUUUCGUCGUAUAAAUUCGUGGAGAUGGAUUGGCCCUCGAGACUUUCAUUUUGAUCUGACACAACACCAACCUAGAGAUGUAGUCACGUAUGUGAACUCUCAGCUGGCGAAAAGAGAGGUCGAUGGGCUAAAAACGCUGAAAAAUAAGCUUGAAAGACAUUUACAGAGAGACUAUAAGAAAUUUGUCGCAGAAAUGAGACUCGCAAACGUCCUACAAUCAGAUAUAGUUCAGAUGAUUUUCUUCCAAAGCGCUGGGCCACGACAAUACAAGGCAUUUGUGGCCAGUAUUCAUGCCGUUCUUGACAGUGAAGCAUCUGUGGAACAGAAAAAGUCUCAGUUGUACACUUUGGUGGAACUCCAGGGUUCUUUGUAUCCACAAUUGGCCCGCGAAAACGGAAUACUGGCACCCGGCUGUUUUCAUGAAUGGUUUUGGGCCCAUCUAGAUAGGUCUGAAACCUUUAAACAUUUUCAUUUUUUGAUCGAAAAUAAUGUGCUUCUAGGGUCCCGUCCAGCUCAUCGCUUUUUGGUUAGGCUACUCAAAGGGUCACAAAUUGAACAGCAGUUAGCAUCAUUUCAAAUAUUCCUGAACAGCCCGCUUCAUCAUAGCGAAUAUCAAAAAAGGCUCACAACACUAUACACUUUUGCUCAAAUCAACAUGAUCACAGAUGCUGUGCUGUCAAAAAAAGACUUAAGGCAUACAAAGGUGUAUUUCACCGCGCUCUUAGAUCGAUUGGAAUCAUGGGAACUGAACAAUCCUGGACUUACACAGGAAAAACGCGUUGCUUUUUUUGUGAAAUUCACGAAUACGUUAUCAAAAUAUCUCAAAGAGUCUGGCAACUUCGACAUGUUUCAAAGUACUUUUAAACUUAUCUUGGGACUUAUUCAGAGUCAGAACCUUGAUAUCAGAUUACUGCAUAAGCCAUUCCUCUUAGCCAUCUCAUGGUUACGAAAACUCAACAAACCUUCACAGGCACUCAAACUCAUAUCCUUAGCACAGGAAUUAAGUCUACAGUCAAGUUUCAAAUUCAAGCAGAGUCUUAUCGGUGAGUUGGUCUCGACGCUGCGAAGUUUUAAUGAUCCAAAAAUGACGCUGAGCUAUGUAGCUACGGUUUACCGUAAUCCUGGCACCAUAAAAUUACUAAAUGAGCUAGGACUUUGGGGGCUUCUGCACCACGGUUCAAUACACCAACUUCAGCCAUCUCAAUUAGAAGCAGACGCAAAGAGUUUAAUGGUACAAAAAUCAGAGGUCUCCCACUUUCUCACGAAGAACCUCAUUCCCAACGCUGUUGUGAUGACAGAACUCUAUCGCGUAACAUUGCACUUUAUGCAAAAUACAACGAGCUCUAUGGAAUUCAAACAACUCAUUAUUACUCUUUAUCAGCACUACAAAAGAACUUUCGAACAGACUCCGCAAUACUUCAUAUACCCUGACUGUGGUAUUCUAAACGUGUUGAUAUACCACCUCCGUUUUUCUCUAAAAGAGGACCGAUUGGCAUACCAGAUACUUGAGGACUUUUUCAAAACUGAGCCGCAUAUAUCCUGCACAAGAGGCUCGCCUUUUGGUUUGGCCAUGUACCAAAACAACACCAUAACCAAAACAGAACUUUCAUCGCUAUUUGUGUUAAUGGAUCGAAACCACUUGAAGUUGGACUUUAAGACCAUAUGUGCAAUGGUCUUUUAUCAUCUGCGAGCCGGACAAGUUGACGAUGCACAUUCAUGGUACAUAAAGUUGACGUCUACAGGUUUCCCCAUUUCGCAUAAGCUACUAAUCAAGCGAGCGGUUGAAUAUGGCUGGGAGCUACCGGAAAAUACGGACACUUCCUUUUUGGAAGAAGCAAACGAAAAUACAAUUGACACGGUUAACACGGUUGAAGGGCUUGAAGAUUUGGUUACCGAUGACUUAAUGGAGGAAGAAAUUGACGUAACGUCGGCUUUUGCAGAAGAGCUCGUGAAUUCAUUGAGUUCUUUCAAAAUGCAGAAGAAUGCAGGAUCUUGA